ACUCUCACGCGCGCGCGCGCACACGGCUCUGAGGAUGCUCUCGUGCGCGCUGGCGUCCUACACGGCUCGCGCUUCCAGCGAAAAACAUGGAACGUUAUGAUUUUAAUAGCGCACGCGUGCGUGUGCAUACGUGUGUCUCUCGCGCCUCGAGCUAAUGACUUUAAAUCCGCCGUCGGAGGCCGGAGCUGAGCGAUUUUGGUCGCGGAGGUUUCUCUACGGAUCUAAACGGAGCGCCAGACCUGCGAUAAAGUCCUCAAAGAAGAGGCAAAUUAUGCCAGCAGCACCAGUGUCCCUGUUCCUGGUGACGUGCCGGCGUGUUGGUGAGAAAGUCCCGCCCCUCCGCCCCAGUCCCCACCCUCUCCCCUGCCCCUCUCCCCUCUCUCCUGGGAGGCUCGUGCCGGUGGAUGCCCCGCUCUGGCCCAAGCCUGCACCAUGAGUGUCAACGGCCCGGUCCCGCCGCCUGUCCUGCCUGCCGACGACGCAGAGGUUCCGCCCACGACAGUGGUGGCGCCGGUGGGCUCGCUGGCGGCAAAGAAGAGGCUGCAGUACGCCAAAAGCAAGAGCGUCGGCUCAGCCAACUCACGGCCACAGAGAGCGCUGUUCUGCCUGAAGCUGAACAACCCGUUUCGCCGGGCCUGCAUCAGCAUCGUGGAGUGGAAGCCAUUUGAUAUCUUUAUACUAAUUGCUAUUUUUGCCAACUGCAUGGCCUUAGCCGUCUACAUCCCGUUUCCUGAAGAUGACUCCAACUCGACCAAUCACGACCUGGAAACAGUUGAAUAUGCCUUCCUCAUCAUUUUUACAAUUGAGACCUUCCUAAAGAUCAUAGCAUACGGAUUAGUCAUGCAUCAGAAUGCGUACGUCAGGAACGGCUGGAACAUGCUGGAUUUUAUUAUCGUCGUCAUUGGACUGUUCAGUGUUACCCUAGAAGUUCUGACCAAAGAAGGGGCUCAGCAAAGUGCAGGGAGCCCCGCCCCCACACACGGCCAUGGAGGCAAACCGGGAGGCUUCGACGUCAAAGCGCUGCGGGCCUUCAGGGUGCUGCGACCCCUUCGCCUGGUCUCAGGAGUACCUAGUUUACAGGUAGUGUUGAACUCCAUCAUUAAAGCCAUGGUUCCUCUUCUCCACAUUGCUCUGCUGGUCCUCUUCGUCAUCAUCAUCUACGCCAUCAUUGGCCUUGAGCUCUUCCUCGGCAAAAUGCACGCAACCUGCUAUAUAGCUGGGACAGCUAUGAUAGCGGAGGACGACCCGGCUCCUUGUGCAAUAAAUGGUCAUGGCCGAACCUGCCUCAUGAACAAUACGUUGUGCAGAGAAGGCUGGCACGGUCCCAAUGGCGGCAUCACCAACUUCGACAACUUCCUGUUUGCUAUGCUGACGGUGUUCCAGUGCAUCACUAUGGAGGGCUGGACAGACGUGCUUUACUGGAUGAAUGAUGCGAUGGGGAUGGAGUUGCCCUGGGUCUACUUUGUGAGCUUGGUCAUCUUCGGCUCUUUCUUCGUCCUGAACCUUGUUCUGGGGGUGUUGAGUGGUGAGUUCUCUAAGGAGCGAGAGAAGGCGAAGGCCCGUGGAGAUUUCCAGAAGCUCCGUGAGAAGCAGCAGAUGGAGGACGACCUGAAGGGCUACCUGGACUGGAUCACGCAAGCCGAAGACAUUGACCCGGACAACGAGGAUGAGGAAGACGGGAUCAAACACAACCGGGUCACUCUCGCUGACCUCAUGAACAAGAAGAAGAAAGGGUUAGCGUGGUUCAGUCACUCUUCUGACACUCACGCGAGUGCUCCGGCGAGCGAUACUGAAUCUGUAACCACGGAAAAAGAUGAGAAGAAAUGCUGUGGCUCUCUGUGUCGGAAAAUUUCCAAAUCUAAAUUCAGUCGGCGCUGGCGUCGCUGGAACAGGUUCUGCCGCAGGAAGUGCCGCCUGGCCGUGAAAUCUGUCCCGUUUUAUUGGCUGGUGAUCAUUCUGGUGUUCCUCAAUACGCUCACCAUUUCAUCAGAGCACUACAACCAACCGGACUGGCUCACAGAAGUGCAGGGGGUUGCCAACAAGGUGCUGCUGGCGAUGUUCACUAGUGAGAUGCUGGUGAAGAUGUACAGUCUGGGUCUGCAGGCCUACUUUGUGUCACUCUUUAACCGCUUUGACUGUUUUGUCGUAUGCGGCGGAAUCAUAGAGACGAUCCUAGUGGAACUUGAUUACAUGUCUCCACUCGGCAUCUCCGUGCUCCGCUGUGUACGGCUGCUAAGGAUCUUUAAAGUCACACGUCAUUGGGCCUCUCUCAGUAACCUGGUGGCAUCUCUGCUGAAUUCCAUGAAGUCCAUUGCCUCGCUGCUGCUCCUGCUCUUCCUCUUCAUCAUUAUCUUCGCUCUGCUCGGGAUGCAGGUGUUCGGCGGCAAGUUUAAUUUUGAUCACAAAAAACGCAGUAGCUUUGACAACUUCCCCCAGGCUCUGCUGACCGUCUUUCAGAUUCUGACAGGUGAAGACUGGAACCAGGUGAUGUAUGAUGGCAUCAUGGCGUAUGGCGGUCCUUCAUCAUCAGGAAUGAUCGUGUGCAUUUACUUCAUCAUUCUCUUCGUCUGUGGAAACUACAUCCUGCUGAACGUGUUCUUGGCCAUCGCUGUGGACAACCUGGCAGACUCGGGUUCACUCAGCUCCUCUAAGAAAACCGAGGAAAGGAAUGACGAAGAUGAGGAAGAAGAGUUCAAGGUUCCAGUUGAUGAUGAGAAAGAAAAUGGAGAAGAGGAGGAGGCUCCAUCAGGGCCUCGUCCCACUGUCAUAGAGCUGGUGAGGAAAGAGAAGAUUGUACCAAUACCAGAGGGCAAUGCUUUCUUCAUAUUCAGCAACACAAACCCGAUUCGUGUUAUGUGCCACAAGAUAAUAAACCACCACAUCUUCACCAACCUCAUCCUCGUCUUCAUAAUGCUCAGCUCCGUCUCCCUUGCUGCCGAGGAUCCAAUCAGAAAUCACUCUUUCCGCAAUAUUGUCCUAGGCUAUGCAGAUUAUGUCUUCACUAGUAUGUUUACAUUUGAGAUUGUUUUGAAGAUGAUGACAUUUGGAGCAUUUCUCCACCAGGGGGCGUUCUGCAGGAACUACUUUAACUUGCUAGACCUGUUGGUGGUCGGCGUGUCUCUGGUGUCAUUUGGGAUACAAUCUUCAGCGAUCUCUGUGGUGAAGAUUCUGCGUGUACUGAGAGUACUGAGACCCCUCAGAGCCAUCAACAGAGCCAAAGGACUUAAGAAUGUGGUCCAGUGUGUGUUUGUGGCCAUCAGGACCAUUGGGAACAUCAUGAUCGUAACAACGCUGCUCCAGUUCAUGUUUGCCUGUAUCGGAGUGCAGCUCUUUAAGGGGAAAUUUUACCGCUGCACUGAUGAGGCCAAAUCAAACCCUGAGGAGUGCAAGGGUACGUUCAUCUUGUUCAAAGAAGGGGACAUGAAUCAUCCCACCAUCCAAAAACGUCACUGGUACAACAGCGAGUUCAACUUUGACAAUGUGCUCAUGGCCAUGAUGGCGCUCUUCACCGUGUCCACGUUUGAGGGCUGGCCAGCGCUUCUCUACAAGGCCAUCGACUCGAACAAGGAGAACUUUGGUCCCAUCUACAACUACCGUGUGGAGAUCUCCAUUUUCUUCAUCAUCUACAUCAUCAUCAUUGCCUUCUUCAUGAUGAAUAUUUUCGUGGGUUUCGUCAUCGUUACGUUUCAGGAGCAGGGAGAGAAAGAGUACCGGAACUGUGAACUGGACAAGAACCAGCGCCAGUGUGUGGAGUAUGCUCUGCAAGCCCGACCUCUGAGGCGCUACAUCCCUAAAAACCCCUAUCAGUACAAGUUCUGGUAUGUGGUGAACUCCACAGGCUUCGAGUACAUCAUGUUUGUCCUCAUCAUGCUCAACACGGUCUGCCUGGCCGUGCAGCACUACGGGCAGUCUCAGCAGUUUAACUACGUGAUGGACAUCCUGAACAUGUUGUUCACCGGAGUCUUUACUGUGGAGAUGGUCCUCAAACUGAUCGCCUUCAAACCCAGGCAUUAUUUCCCUGAUGCUUGGAACACGUUUGAUGCCUUAAUUGUAGUUGGUAGCGUCGUAGAUAUUGCUAUCACAGAAGCCAAUCCUGCAGAGGGGGAAGAGAUGCCGCCCACAGAGGCUCCACAGGUGGAUGAGUCGGGGAACACAGAAGAAAGCGCCCGCAUCUCCAUUACCUUCUUUCGGCUGUUCAGAGUGAUGCGACUGGUGAAGCUGCUCAACAGGGGGGAGGGGAUUCGUACACUCCUGUGGACCUUCAUCAAGUCUUUCCAGGCUUUGCCGUACGUCGCUCUGCUGAUCGCCAUGCUGUUCUUCAUCUACGCUGUCAUUGGCAUGCAGAUAUUCGGGAAGGUAGCCAUGGUGGACGGCACACAAAUCAACCGAAACAACAACUUCCAGACUUUUCCACAAGCCGUGCUUUUGCUGUUUAGAUGUGCCACUGGUGAGGCAUGGCAGGACAUCAUGCUGGCCUGUAUGCCUGGAAAACUCUGUGACCCAGAGUCGGACUAUAAUCCAGGAGAGGAAAUGACCUGCGGCAGCAGCUUCGCAAUUAUCUACUUCAUCACAUUCUACAUGCUUUGUGCAUUCGUGAUCAUUAACUUGUUUGUGGCUGUCAUCAUGGACAACUUUGACUACCUGACCCGUGAUUGGUCGAUCUUGGGACCACAUCACCUCGAUGAGUUUAAGAGGAUAUGGUCUGAAUAUGAUCCAGAAGCCAAGGGCAGAAUAAAACAUUUAGAUGUAGUGACGCUACUGCGGCGCAUUCAGCCUCCACUUGGCUUUGGAAAGCUUUGUCCUCACAGAGUAGCAUGCAAGCGUCUAGUUGCCAUGAACAUGCCCCUGAACAGUGAUGGCACCGUGAUGUUUAACGCCACAUUGUUUGCACUGGUCAGGACUGCACUAAAGAUCAAAACGGAUGGUGAGCAGUUUAAAACACACACACACACACACACACACUCCAUAUCAGUGAUCAGUAGCAGUGAUUUUGUUUUUGUGAUUGCAGGUAAUUUGGAGCAGGCAAAUGAGGAGCUGCGAGCCGUAAUUAAAAAGAUAUGGAAGAGGACCAGCAUGAAACUGCUUGACCAAGUGGUGCCCCCUGCUGGUGAUGAUGAGGUAACCGUGGGGAAGUUCUAUGCCACCUUUCUGAUACAGGACUACUUUAGGAAAUUCAAGAAACGCAAAGAGGAAGGACUUGUAGGAGUGCAUCCUACACAAAACAGCACGGCCAUCACGCUGCAGGCUGGUCUCCGCACGCUGCAUGAUAUUGGGCCCGAAAUCCGCCGUGCCAUAUCAUGUGACCUCCAGGAUGAGGAGCUAGUAGACUUUAUACCUGAGGAGGACGAGGAGAUUUAUAGGCGAAACGGUGGCCUUUUCGGCAAUCACAUUAACCACAUCAACGGCGACCCUCACCGAGGUUCCGGGCAUCAGACCAACGCCACGCAGCGCCCCCUGCAGGUCCAUCCUCCCCCGCACUACGCUGACAUGGAACAGCCCGUGGGCCGGCUGGACCGCGCCAAUGCCAUGGCCCAACAUAAUCAUCAUCACCACCAUCAUCAUCAUCAUCACAAUCACCACAAUUCUUACAGCAAGUCACCCAAGUCCACCAACAUCAAUCUGAACAAUGCUAACAUGUCCAGCCUGCCCAAUGGAGGCCAUAAUCGCUACUACCAGCAUGCACCAGCCAACGGAUACACUGGAUCGUACUAUCCAGGGGAAUACGAAAAGCCCAGGACACCGCAUGGACAGAGAAGGCGCUACUAUGAGACCUAUAUUAGGUCACGUGGUGGCAUCAGGCGCCAACCCACUAUUUGUCGUGAGGAAGAGUUUGAUGAAGACCGCUACUCUGGGGAGUACUACAGCGGAGAAGAGUUUUAUGAAGAAGACGGCAUGUUGUCAGGAGACAGGUAUCCCAGCAGCGAUCAGGAGUAUGAAACUCCCCGUGGCUACCAUCAUCCUGACAGUUACUAUGAUGAUGACGAGCAGCCCCUUUACCACGACUCAUAUAGGUCCCCAAAGAGACGGCGGCUUCCUCCCACACCACAAGGCAACCGGAGGCCGUCUUUCAACUUUGAGUGCCUGCGCAGACAGAGCAGUCAGGAUGAGCUCCCUCGUCAGCGCACUGCUCUUCCACUCCAUUUAAUGCAACAUCAGGUGAUGGCAGUAGCAGGGCUUGACUGGAGUAGAGCUCACAGACUCUCACCUACUCGCUCCACUCGCUCAUGGGCCACGCCUCCUGCCACGCCUGUUAGUAAAGACUGCACCCCCUACUACACCCCCAUGAUCCGCGUGGACCGCCCACACCGGGACAGCAUGGUUGGCAGCUACUGCUCGGUGAGGAAGAGCUCGUGGUACACAGAUGAGCCGGAGUACCAGCAGAGCACCUACUCACCGGUGCACCUGAAAAUCCCACCCGAGUACCGGAACCAGUACCACCAGAAGAGAGGCAGUGCUAACAGCCUUGUGGAGGCAGUUUUGAUAUCUGAAGGACUGGGCAGAUAUGCUAAGGACCCAAAGUUUGUGUCGGCUACAAAGCACGAGAUUGCAGAUGCCUGCGACAUGACCAUUGACGAAAUGGAAAGUGCAGCAAGUCACCUGCUGAACGGCGGAUUUACGCCCGGGGUCAACGGGGUUAACGUUUACCCGGUCAUGACUCAAAGAGAGUAUGACGUGCAGGACGUUUCAGCCAACUACAGCGACGAAGAGCCGGAAGCCGACUCCCGGCCUCGCUACGAGGAGGACUUGGCGGACGAAAUGAUAUGCAUCACCACGUUAUAGCGUCCGGUUAGCAUCCAAAGCUAACAGACCAAGUUGUCACACAAAACCGAAAUGCAUCUAUUGGCUUAUAACCAAAAGAAGUGCCUUCCUUUCCAGUGGAGUAGAAAGGCACCAGGAGUAAGGACGCACUUGCCCCGCCUACACUCUCCCUAUUGGUCGAGGUGCAUAUCCGUCAAAGGCCCAGGGGGAAGGGGGAGGUUACUUUGCCAGGAAACUGUGUUCCACUCUGUCGGACUUCUGAUGGUGACGCUUUGCAGCACACUGCUAAGCUGAUGAUGAAGUAAAUCUGUGCUGAACUGUGACUGGCCGCUUGUGCUGUCACUGCAGGCUACGGACCAAUGAAAAGCGACCGUCGCUAUUUUCUCCAAGGUGAUGACAAUCAGAUUAAAAAUGUCAUUACCUCAGUCACUUUAUUAAGGGUUUUUGCAUACCACGCAUGUUUUCAGUGCAAGCUAGGUAAGGCAUAUCUCCCCGUAGAGGCUUUAGUUUCAAUUGAUUAAUUAAAGGUUGAUGAGAAUUAUUAACUCUUUAGUUAACUAACACCAGUAAGACCAUGCUGGACUUUGUGACAAAGAUCUUAUUGCAUUUUAAAAUCUGGAAAUUAGAACUUUUUUUUUUUGUCAAUGAUUGCAGCGUUUGGGUUGAAUGCACUAGCAGGCAGGUUAUUUUUUUAUCUUUAGGUUUAGCCUGUUUGUGCUUUCGUAAAUGACUAUGCUGUAAAUUCAUUGUAAUAUAAAAUAUAAAGAAACUUUGAAAAGAGUCAUAUUUUGUAAUUAUGUACUGUAGGAAAUAGGAAUCAGCAAUAUUGAUCCUAAUUGAUGUAUUAUGGAGAGAAAAAACGUGAAUUUAUUAGAUACUGGACUCUUAUUGAAUUUUUUUUUUUUGCUGAAAUGCAUUCUUAAUCAGUUUGUGUGGGGAAAAAAAGCUGUUUUUAUAUGAGAGGAAAUUCAUCUCACACUGGCACAAGAUAUGCAAAUAGUUGUUGUUUUUUUGUUUUUUUUUCACAUUUCAUCAUUUUGUGUGCGUGUGUGUGUCUGAGAUUACAUGAAACAGCACUUUUACCCACUCCUUCCCUGAAAUCCCCAGCAUGCAGUAUGGAUUAUAAAGUGAGACACUCUGCUGCUGGACUCUUCUCUAGGGCUUGCGGAGCUGUUGUACAUGUAGGUGUGUUACUGCGUUACAGAGGAGGUUCACUCCCAGUGUUUUUGUUGUGUAUUUCAUGCACAGGAGGUUUGAUGUUAAAUGCUUUCAUGCAUUGACUAUGCUGCUUAAAUCGUGUACUAUGACAAAAGACUGAGAGGACGGCCAUCGCUGGCAUUUCCCUUUAGCGCUGCGGACUGAAAUGAGCCUAGCUGAGGGCAUAAUGAUCACGAUAACAAAACUGGAACCGUCAACAAGGCAGGGCUGCAGUGGCAAAGCAAUAUCGAUUCCUAAUUAUCUCUCUGACUCAACGUCUCUCUGGCUUCUGCAUAUACCUCCAUUAACAAAGGCCCUGAUUUACUAAGAGCGCAGAUCACAUGUGCUAAAUUUUCGUAAGUUGGGUCCGUUGAUUAACAAACAAUUGUGUGAAUUAUCGUGUGUGAAAAGUGUAUGUUGGUAAAAAUAUGAAAAAUUACAAUUUGGCACGUGUUAUUCGUUCUUCGUCUAGCCUUCAAAGAGACUCAGAGAUGAGUAAAACUGAAACACAAGCGUAAUGGCGUGACCAAGGCGGCGUGUGAAUAAAAACCUUUACACAGAUUCAGAUUAAAUGAUGUUGGCAUCAUGUGGGGUGAAUAUCUAACAUGAAACCAACUUUGCUCUGGGAAUAUGUAUUAUUCAUGUGAAUUAACCGACAUAAUCAGCUUAGAAAUGCGAGCGGCUGUAACAAAUCUCACUCAGAACUUUUUGCAUUCUAUGAUACAAAACAAAACAAAACUGUGUGGAACAACUAGACCUUUAAUAUAUUGUUAGUUUCUUCUCUCGGGCUAAUCUAACAAUUAACGAUUUCCUUGAUUUAAGCUGCAAGUAAAAAAUUUGCUUCAAACUAUAACAAGAAAUUUGUGGACGUAAAUGGAUCUUGCUCUCUACCUCUUCAAGUAAAUCACACAGAGGCUGCCUCAUCAUUACUCUUAAACAUCACGUUGAAUUUAAACAUGCACCUCAAAGUCUUUCUAAAUUGGCAGGUUAUUUAGUUGCAACUCUAAUUUAUUUCAUGAAUUUAAACUUGGAUUAUUUUGAGAAACUAAGCCAUAAUCUUGAUAAACCUUUUUAAAACCCUAGUGAACGCUAUCGUUUUCUCUAAGCGGAAACAGACUUCUGCAAAUAGAUAAAAAAAACCCUGCUGUUAGGUUGCACUAAUCCGCAUGUUGCCGAAGUGACUUUCAGGCUGCUGGUGCUAAAUCAUUCUGCCUGCAUGAACACCGCCCUGGCUUUUGCCCCAAAAUGUUCACUGAGGAAAAACUGGACAAUUUUUUUUUUUCUUUGUUUGUGCGUGUUUACACAAACACAAACCUUUAGUAAAUCAGGGCCCUGGUGUUUCAGCCAUUGAUUUAUUUUUGUUCACCAGAAGUAUUUUAUCACAAAGUAUUUUACAUAUUGAGGCUUUCUCUCUGGGGGGGUGGGUGGGUGGGGACACUUCAUCACUUCCAAAACACUAAAUAAAAUUCCAGAUCACCAAGUGAAAUUUUUAUUUAUUUAUUUUUGUUUUUAAGUGUGACUGCAAAGGCACUGCCUUGAAGUGUUGGGUUUCAGCACAGACUUAGAAGAAGCGCUGGAGAAAACGGAGUCGUUAGCGGAUUUGUGAUGGAUUUCCUGAUUUGUUGAGCGAGUACUGUGCUUUCAGUCAACCGAACACUGUCAUGGGAAAAAAAAUUGUGGGUUUAACCACUGCAUGUGCACAUCUAAAAGGGCUCUCUGAAAUGUUUUGUGAGGAUAAAAUAUAUGUACAUACACAGUGUUCCAGUCUUUAUGUGAAUAUAUCUUGUGAGAGGACCAAUGCGCAUUCUAGGCACAUUGUACUAUUUGUAGCAAUUACUCUUCAAAAAAAUAUAUAUGCAUUAUUUUUUAAAAAGCUUUUUAAAAUUUAAAAGUUUAAAAACAACUUGCUUUUACCUCAUGUCAGGGAUUCCUGAAGAAAAUAAAAUGUAAAAAAAAAAAUCUUAAA